CAAGAGGAGCCAUCUCAUUUGCUCAUCAGAUCACCUACAGAUUAUCCGUCUAAAUGACCAUUCGAUUCAGAUGUGUCUGAAACAGGUGCAUAGAGUUUAUUACUAGACAUUAAAAACCUGAAGAAGGUACUGCUGAGAACAGAAGCAACAAGGCUACUACUUUUUUUACUUAAUGCCAAACGGAUUGCAUGUACAGUGUCAUUGCUUCUUUGGACUGGUUUCUUGGACUUAACAUUCAGUCUUCGCUCCUACUCACAAGCGCAAUAACUGAUAUCUCAGUUGUAACUUUAACCAGAAGAUAGUGUUCUGCGCUCGCACUCACCUUGAAACAGGAGCAGCCGAAAUGGCUCCUAAAGAAAACUUCAUCUCUGUUUGAAAAUCAACUUUGUUUGCGGACCACCUUGUGAUUAUAUUAGUAAGCACCACCAUGUUUGUGCUGUGCACCAUGGUGUUGCUUUCUCUCCACAGCCUGUUUAAAAGACCCAAGAUCCUUGAACUCCCAGAACCAGCAGCUGUAGAGGACCCCAAGCAGUCCAGCCCGGAUGCAAAACUCGGACGCAGGAAGAGAUCCAAACAUCCCUGCUAUGGAAUUUCUGGAGCUCUGCAAAAAUCAAAAGUCCACAGGCAGCAGGGUUUUGAAAGCUCUUUGGAAGGGACACUUUGGAAACUAAAGAAAAUUAGAUCCGCACACGUGGAGAAUAUUCAUGCCAGGAGGAAGUCCGUACAGCCGGUCCAGCGGUACAGUGCGGGUCUGCUCGGCCCUGCGGUCAUGUACGGCACACGAAAGACCUGGGACGUCGGCCACACCCCCUGCCUGCAGGAACUUUGGAACACAGACCUCUCAUUGGACGCAAGUUCUCUGGAUAUACUGAUGAGUGAUGGUGAGGAGGAGAACUCCUUCCUCUCAUUGCCUGACUCAGUCCUUCAGCGCCAUUGUUUAACCUCUGACCUCUCUGAAACGGCCACCUCAGAACAACAACAACUCCUGAUACAAACGUUACAGGAACGGGUUUGUGAGUUUCAGGCACGCCUGCGCAGUGAAGACGCUGCUAAACGACUUUUGCUAGAGAGCCUGCAGACACACGACCAGCUCAACCAACAACAUUCAUCCAGUAACCAAGAACCUUACGAGGGACCCAGACUGCAGAGCAGUCAGCUCAACCAAGCUGUUUCACCUGCAGGUGCAAGGGCCUCUAAUUCUUUAAAUCCGAAGCUUGUGGAAGUAAACCAGGUUCCAUCAAAGGAGCGACUCCAAAAAGACGAGGGGGAACAACUUGCUCUCAUCACGGGGCUACGCACACAGGGGGCGACAGAUCUGGAGAAGCAGCUGGAGGUGCUGGAAAGUGAAAACCAGCGUCUCAAACAAGAGCUGAAGGCCAGUCAAGCCCAGCAGCCCCAGACCACCUGCUCACCUGCCCACUGUCCACACAGCCAGGAUGUGGAGGUCUUGCAGGGCGAGCUGUGUUGUAAGGAGGAGGAGUGCCGCCAGCGUGAGCAGCAUCUGGGCCUAUUGGAGCAGCAGCUGCAAGAGAAGACGGCUCUGGUAGUACAGCUUCAGCAGCAGUUAGACAAGGCCACGCGUCACAGACAAGAGCUCCAUCAACAGCUAGAGGAGGCAUCGCUGCACAGGAGCCAAAGCGAGGAACAGCUGACGUCACGGCUUCACGACGCAGAGGAGGCUCUUUCAUGUCAGGCUGCGCUGCCCCCACAGGUCAAGUAUGUGACUAAGACGGUUGAAGUGGAGUCGUCUCAGUGUAAGCUGGCUUUAAUGGAGGCUCAGGCCCGAAACCAGACUCUCCAGGAACAGCUGGGCGUGCAGAGACAGCUACUCCGAGAGCUUGAACAACAGCUUCACGAGUCUCAGAGAACCAGCAGUCAACUACGCCAGCAGAUUCUGGUCUGUGAGGGUGAGAUGGAGAGAGCUCAAGGUCAGCUGGAGGCAGAGAUGCAGAGUCUGGAGGAAGAGAAGAACAGAGUGAUCGAGGAAGCGUUCAUCAGAGCCGAGAGCGAGAUGAAGGCCGUCCAUGAGAAUCUCGCAGGGGUGCGCAUGAACCUCCUGACCCUGCAGCCGGCUCUGAGGACCCUUACCUGCGAUUACAACUGUCUGAAGAGGCAGGUGCAGGACUUCCCUUACAUGCUAGAGAAAGCCAUCACUGAAGCAAAACAGGAGAUCUGUCAGGUGAUUGGAGAGGUAAGCAGCGCAAAUCAGGAACUGCUGAGGAAAUACAAGCGCGAGAUGAACCUGAGGAAGAAAUGCCAUAAUGAGCUGGUGCGCCUUAAGGGUAACAUUCGGGUGUUGUGUCGAGUACGCCCCAUCUGCCCCGGAGAAAGAGAUGCCGCCGACACCAAAAACCUAGUGACCUUUGAUGUAGAUGACGAUGCUGUUCUUUACUUGUCCAACAAGGGCAAGCUCAUGAACUUCGAACUUGACAAAGUCUUCCCCCCUCAGGCUACUCAGGAGGAGGUGUUCCAGGAAGUGCAGUCUCUGGUCACUUCCUGUAUUGAUGGCUUUAAUGUAUGCAUCUUUGCCUACGGGCAGACAGGCUCUGGAAAGACCUACACUAUGGAGGGGGUACCAACAGACCCUGGCAUUAACCAGCGUGCUCUGCGGCUGCUCUUCUCUGAAGUGAUGGAGAAGAAACCCGACUGGGACUACAAGAUCACUGUUAGCAUGGUGGAAAUCUACAAUGAGACGCUUCGAAAUCUUUUGGGUGAUAAUCCGAAUGAGAAGCUUGAUAUAAAGAUGUGUCCAGAUGGGAGCGGACAGUUGUAUGUGCCAGGACUGACAGAGUUCACAGUGGAGAGCGUGGAGGACAUUAACAAGGUGUUCGAAUUGGGUCACAUGAACAGGGCAACAGCUUGUACUAAUCUAAACGAGCACAGCUCUCGCUCUCACGCCCUCCUUAUCGUCACUGUAGUGGGGUUCAACUCUUCAACAGGCCACCGUACCUCAGGUAAGCUGAAUCUGGUCGAUCUGGCCGGCUCUGAGCGUAUUGCCAAAUCCGGUGCCGAGGGCAGCCGUCUGCGCGAAGCUCAGUGCAUCAACAAAUCCCUUUCUGCGCUGGGUGAUGUCAUCAACGCCCUUCGAUCCAAACACUCGCAUGUGCCCUUCCGAAACUCUCGCCUCACGUACUUGCUGCAGGACUCGCUCAGUGGAGACAGUAAAACCCUCAUGAUGGUGCAGGUUUCUCCUCUAGAGAGUAACAUCAGCGAGUCUGUCUGCUCGUUGAAGUUUGCUCAGCGCGUCCGGACUGUUGAGAUCGGCCCGUCGUCUUCCUCGCGACGACAAGCAGAGAAUUCAUCGACAUCUUCUUCACCCACUCAUGACAGCGUGGAGCUGGAUUCUCCUCCUGUGACCCCGGUCCCACUUCCCAUCUCAAGAGCCAGUAGCGCAGGCUCAACGCUCUCCUCCACAUCUAAAAGCAGCAGCCGCCGAAGAUCCCACAGUCAGCUUUCCACAGACAGACAGGUAGACAGAAGCAGCCCAUUCGUUGGGGAAGGUGGGCAGGUAGGUGGGGUUUUAUGUGGUUGGUCGCUUGGCAUGAAAACGCUCAGCAUGGCAUGGUGCCCUACGCGUCACCCCGUCAAUGCCCACCCAUCUAACACAGCGCCUUUAACCCCAAGAAGCUUUUUGACGAAUGAAGUUGACAGCAUGACAGACACCUCAGAAACGGAUCACUGAGGGCUGCCCGCCUUCAGUGGCGUUCGUUCUUCAAACCUCUCGACCAAUCAGCUUCUCCGUUGAGGAUUCUACCAAUGAAAACCUGCAUUAUAAUUUGACUUGGAGCUCAGCUGAUGAAUCAGGGUUUGUGUUGGAAACCACGCCAAUGGGACCUCAACUAAUUUAACAUUCAUUGGACGUGAUUUAAUAUAACGCUGACCUCGCGACAUGGACUGCUGAAGAUCCUUCCGUUACGUCAAAGUAUUUCUGGGCAAUAUGCACUUUAGUCUGGUCCAGGCUGUCAUUUGUAGUGUUAAUGUUACAUAAAUGCAUUUGAUUUAUAGAUGCUUGAAUGUACGUGUAUGUAAUGUUCGUGUGUCCGAGCAAGAUUUUAAUUUGGAUUCUUUUUCAGUCUCUCCUUUAUCUUCUGAAACAACUUAAACAUUUACAGCUUUGAAAACUGUGUUUAAUCGUGGCAAUAAGAAGUAAUGCAAAGUUUGCUCUCUAGGUAGCAUUUUAUUUUUGUACAUAGAAUCUUAAAGGCUACUUAAAGCCUGGACGUGUCUUCCUGAUCCAUGCAUGUGUUGAGACGAUCAGAUCGUGCUCUUAUUCGUUCAUUUUUAUGACAAUCAUAAAAGAUUUUCGUGCAGUGAAGUCGAACCAUGACGGUAUACAGUGUUGAAUUAAAGAGCAAGAGGACUGGAUUUGUAAAUAGUAAUGGGUUCAUAUGAGCUAACAGUACAUCUACAGUGGACAUGAUGUUGAACUGUAAUAAUCCACUGAGCAAAAGCUGCUGUCUGUGGCUCUGGGGGUUUCACUUGCUUGUAUUCACAUUGAUGUUUGUAUGGAGUUGUUUUUGUACACUGUUUUUAAUAAAUGCUCUAAGCCAAUGUUUGGCAGAAAUUA